AUGAACCGGCCGCCUGCCGUUGAUACAAGCGUCCAUCGACACAAGCACGUCAGCCCUGCGCCCUUACUCGAUCUUUCAGGUGAUCAGUUCGUGCCCAAAAGGAGGAACACAGAAGCAAAAGCAUAUUCAGACCGGCCUGCAUUCCACCGCAGUUUCUCUAAACCGACACAGCUACUAUUGCAGACCACUGAGAACUACUCUCUCCUCCAUGGGAUCCUUGCGGACGACGAGUCUCGGCGCAUCUUUUACUUUAUGAUUUUGAAUCUGUGUUUUAUGGUCGUUCAGUCGACGUAUGGUGUUCUGACGGGUUCAUUGGGGUUGAUCAGCGACAGUAUACACAUGUUCUUUGACUGUGUUGCGUUGUUGGUCGGUGUUUGCGCAGCGGUCAUGAGCAAAUGGCCGCCCAGCCUCAAAUUCCCCUAUGGCUAUGGCAAGAUCGACACUCUGGCAGGACUCGGCAAUGGGAUUUUCCUGAUGCUCAUCAGCAUCGAGAUUGUCUAUGAAGCAAUCGAGCGACUCUUUUCCGGCGCCGAUGUCAGCCGCACGACAGAACUUUUGGUGGUCAGCACCAUCGGUUUGCUUGUCAACAUGGUGGGUAUAUUCGCCUUUCACGGAGCACAUGGGCAUGAUCAUGGACACAGCCAUGGAGAUCCGAAUCAUAGUCAUGACCAUGUCCACGACCAUCACGAUCAUGAUCACGACCACAAACACGAACAUGAACAUGAACACAACCAUAGCCACUCUCACGCAGAGACGCCACUGACCGCCUCUGCAUCACCCGUCAAAGGCAAGAAAGCAGCCAGUGGCCAUCACCACGGCGGCGAGAACAUGCAGGGUAUCUACCUGCACAUCAUGGCGGACGCACUCGGUUCUCUCGCCGUAGUGGGCUCGACGAUGCUCGUCCGCUGGACCGGCUGGAGUGGAUUUGACCCCUUAGCAUCGUGCAUUAUCGCCGUUCUCAUCUUCGCCUCCACCAUCCCGUUAGUAACGUCGACGACCAAGAUUCUCUUGUUGUCCCUCAACUCGGAUAUCGAGUACAACCUGCGCGGCAUCCUCAGUGGCGUUGCAGAAAUCCGUGGUGUGGCAGGCUACACCGUGCCCAAGUUCUGGCUCGAAGACGUCAAGAAGGAACCGGGUCACCAUCAUCACGGUCAUAGUCAUGGUCACGACCAUGGUCAUUCGCAUAACCACAGCCAUGGCCACAACUGUUCCGAUGACGAGACUGCAGGCGAAGACCCAACCGUCCUGGGCGUGAUUCACAUUAUUGCCUCGCGUCACGCCGACCUAGAGGAUGUCAGGCAGAGAGUGGACAUGUAUUUCCGGUCUCGGAAGAUGGACGUCGUGAUCCAGAUGGAGCGGGAAGGCGAGAAUAGGUGUUGGUGCGGCGGCGGGCAGAAAUCUGGAGGUUGA